UCGGUGCUACUACAUUUUAUAUUGAUCCAUAUUUUUGAAUCCGCUGCUGGCCACAACCACAAGCCAAGCCUUAUAAUAAAAUAUGGCUGCAGUUGGAAAUUAAAGGUGAGAGUGUGUGGGUGCGUCAUGCGUUUUUGUUUAAAAUGGGAAAACAGUUGAGAUACUUCAAAUUGAACACCGGAACUGAGAUACCGUCGCUUGGGCUGGGCACGUAUUCAGGUGCUGCUCCACCUGGUGUUGUCGGCGACGCCGUCACAACGGCAGUUAAGAUUGGAUACAGACAUAUUGAUUGCGCUAAAAUUUAUGUCAACGAAAACGAGAUUGGUCAUGCGCUGAAAAAGUUGUUUGCUGAAGGUGUAGUUAAACGUGAGGACUUAUGGAUCACCUCCAAACUCUGGUGUACUGAUCAUUUGCCAGAAGAUGUACCAACGGCAUUAGACAGAACUUUGCAGGACCUGCAACUUGACUAUGUGGAUCUAUAUCUAAUCCACUGGCCAGCUAGCAUGAAAAAGGAGUCAAAGGGGAAGCCUGAAGACCUUACCAAACCUGACAUACCUAGCACAUGGAAAGCAAUGGAGGCGCUUUAUGAUUCAGGCAAGGCUCGAGCAAUUGGAGUGAGUAAUUUCUCGUCAAAGAAGCUUGGGGAUCUUUUGGAAAUUGCACGUGUGCCUCCUGCAGUCAAUCAGGUGGAAUGCCACCCUAUAUGGCAGCAGCCAAAACUACACGCAUUCUGUAAAACCAGGGGGGUUCACCUAUCUGGCUAUUCUCCACUUGGUUCUGCUACUAAGAAUCAUCGGGUUCUUGAAAAUCCAACUGUCAAUAUGGUUGCUCAGAAAUUUGGCAAGACUCCUGCGCAAGUGGCGCUUUGUUGGGGGUUGCAAAUGGGUCACAGUGUUCUGCCUAAGAGCAUAAACGAGACAAGGUUGAAGGAAAAUUUUGAUGUUUUUGAAUGGUGUAUACCGGAAGACUUAUUAGCCAAGCUUUCUGAAAUUAAGCAGGAGCGGCUAACUAAAGGUUCUGAAUUUGUGCACGAGAAAUUUGGUGCAUACAGGACCCUUGAGGAAUUUUGGGAUGGUGAAAUAUAAGCAGGAGCGGCUAACUAAAGCUUCUGAAUUUGUGCACGAGGAAUUGCAGUAGCGCUCAUGGAGCCUUUGUCUUCUAGCCUCUGAAACUCAGAAGAGUACGUAAUGAAAGAGCUUUUGAUCAGCAUUUGAGGUAGAUAGUGAUGAAGGGUGAACUCAAAAUGUAUUGUACUGUUGACUGUUGUUGGUAUUGUUACAGUUUGUAAUUAUAGUAAUAACGGAAAUUUUUUCC